AUGUACAGAUCAUUAUAUGAUUACACAGGGAAAGAUAAAGGAGUUCUUCCUCUCCGUGUAGGAGAAAAGUUUCGUUUUAUCGAGCAACAUGAUGUUAACUGGUGGAAAAUGCGAUCUCAAAACGGGUCCGUUGGACUUGUGCCUGCUUGUUACUUGGAAGCUGUUGACAGGGUAUCGGUAAGACGAACGCCUUUCUGAUAUCUUGCUUGUGUCAUUGUGAAGUGAAUUGUUUGUUGACGAAAAUUCACUAUUCAGUUUUUCCGGCAUUUUUACUUAUUUGGUUAUGUCGUGGAGAAUUUAAAUUUUAGUUUUUUAAUACGUCACUGCUUGCGUUUCUUAAGACUUGCCUUGCAAUUUAUUUCACUGCUUUAAGACAGUUUUGAAACAAAAUAUUUGGCAAGAUUUCCGCACAGACCCGUUAAUUUGUUAUACAUGCAGCGAUUUCAUACUAGUUCCAAAAUAGUUUGUAUGAAUGGAGCCGACGCGAAGCAUGCAUGGAUAUUGGGCUGUAUAUAGAAAUCUUGUCAAAUUAAUUUAUAAAAUAACUAAGAUAGUAUGCGUGCUCUGAUUGGCUCCGAGAAGCAUUUUUGCAUGAGAGUAUGUAAACACAGUAGUGAAGUCAAGAUGUUUUGCUGUUUGCCGUGUAGGAACCUGCUCAUUUACUGGGGGUUUGGGAAUAAAAAUUAAUGGAAGGUCCCUACCUAAUCAAGUUACAAGUAACUGGGUCCUGAUUAGCCUGUGAACUAUUGUGGAGUGUUGGACAAAAAAGCUAGAACGUGGGCAGAUAGGGAAAAAUUUGCAUUCUUCACUGCCCUCCUUUGGGAGGCUUUCCACAGGCAAGUUCCUGUUUGAAUAAGAGAAACAUAAUAAUUAAAAACCUGUGUACCAGAACUUAGUUAAUGGGGAAAGAAUUUAUGCUAUAUGUGUAUGUAGACUCAUUUCGUUUUGUUUGUUUGUUUUUUUUUUUCAAAUUUGGUUUUUCGUACACCUUAUAGGCUAACCCAAGUGAACAAAAAUCAGUUCUUGAAUCUAUCGAUAGAGCCAUUGAAGUUAUUCACUCUCAAGCCACUCAUGCAGGUGGUGCGUACACGCAUGAACAAAGAGCAAAUUUGAGGUUUGUAAUUAUGAAGUAGUUCUUUUUUAUCAAUGUAUAUUAUAGAUGAUGAGUUUCUUGGCUUUGGGGUUUUUUCAAGUGGUCCAUCAGUUUGUGUAUCAUCCACCACUUUAACCUUUUAAUACAAGUAUUAAAAAAUAAAGAAAAAUUGAAAUGUACUGUUAUAAAGUAACUUUUCAUUCAUGUAACAAGAAAAGCAUGCAAAGACAGUAGUUUCCAAUAGCCUGAGGCUAGUUUAUUUUGUGAUUGGGCUGAUGAAUUCUCUGUUAAAUUGCCCAAUGGGCAAGUGAAGUUUCUUUGCGGAAUUCAAAUUAUAGAAGUACUGUAAGACAAAUAAUAAUUUGUUCAAAUUCCUAAUAAAUUCAUGUGGAUUGGAAGCUGUUUUUUAAGCUGAUCUGACAAAGUGAAAAUAUUGCAAUGAUUACUUAUUACAAUGAAUUAAUGAAGCAAAUAAUUAGCAGUUAGCAAUUAAUUUAUUCAUAUUAUAAAUCCUGCUCAUCAAAUUUUUCUUCCAGCUAGUCAUAAUGACUGAUCUCUGGCUAGCACGGGCUAGCUAAAAUUGACUGCUAAAACCGCUGUAAAACUNCAUGAACAAAGAGCAAAUUUGAGGUUUGUAAUUAUGAAGUAGUUCUUUUUUAUCAAUGUAUAUUAUAGAUGAUGAGUUUCUUGGCUUUGGGGUUUUUUCAAGUGGUCCAUCAGUUUGUGUAUUAUCCACCACUUUAACCUUUUAAUACAAGUAUUAAAAAAUAAAGAAAAAUUGAAAUGUACUGUUAUAAAGUAACUUUUCAUUCAUGUAACAAGAAAAGCAUGCAAAGACAGUAGUUUCCAAUAGCCUGAGGCUAGUUUAUUUUGUGAUUGGGCUGAUGAAUUCUCUCUUAACUUGCCCAAUGGGCAAGUGAAGCUUCUUUGCGGAAUUCAAGUUAUAGAAGUACUGUAAGACAAAUAAUAAUUUGUUCAAAUUCCUAAUAAAUUCAUGUGGAUUGGAAGCUGUUUUUUAAGCUGAUCUGACAAAGUGAAAAUAUUGCAAUGAUUACUUAUUACAAUGAAUUAAUGAAGCAAAUAAUUAGCAAUUAAUUUAUUCAUAUUAUAAAUCCUGCUCAUCAAAUUUUUCUUCCAGCUAGUCAAAAUGACUGAUCUCUGGCUAGCACGGGCUAGCUAAAAUUGACUGCUAAAACCGCUGUAAAACUGACUUUCUUUUAACCUUGAAGAGUGCACUAAUGAAGUGCAGAGUUAGACUGCAUUACAAAAGCCCAGAUGAGCAUUUGUAUCUGAAAUCCGUUAUUAUUCUUAUGUAAUGCAGGAAAUUACUAGAACACAGAACGCGUCUUCUCUCGGGGAAAGAAUCAAGGGCUUCAGGUGCUCAUCAUAGUGGAAUGAAAAGUAGCAAGCCUGUUGUUACAGAGCAUGACCCUCCUGCGCAGCCUCGCCGCCCUGCACCCACCCUACCACCACAGAAAGAUAAGAAAGACAAAACCAAGGAAUCCACAAAGAGAAGACCGGCUCCUUCAGUUCCUGUAUCUAAUGCAAACCAAACUGCUACAGAAACAAAAGGUCUGUUUACUAGAUAGAAAUUAAAGCAGACUCUAAUCUUUGCCCUUUUUUUCUUCUGCUUAGUCUAUUAAUAAUGAUUUUUAAAUGGUUUAAUCAAGAUAGUCACAGGUAAGAAUUGAAUUUCUGGCUGACAUACAUGAACUUUGAAAUUUGAAUAUUAAUAAUCACUGAAAUUACUUCAUAUUAGGAAAUAUCUAAGGCUGAUAUUUUAUAGAAGGGUGUUUUGUCUUAAACUUUAGAGGUAAUGAGUACUUGACCUAUUGUUGGCUAACAACACCCAACAUUGUUGGAUGUACAUGCUGUGUCCAUUUGCACACCCUGUUGCAUGUUGUUGCAACAUUGGGCCAACAAUGUUGGGAGUUGUUGUGUCCAUUUGCAUGUAGCUUAAUGACCCUCCCCUCCCCCUUUCGUGGCUGUAUAGAACUGACUUGUCCCCAGUCAUCUAUUAUUGUUUGUAGGCAGUUAUGGAUCUGUCACAGAGACUAGCUUGGCACCUUAGCGUAGUAGGAGAGAGGGGAAAGGAGACCCAAGGUGUCCUGUUUUUCCUGCUCACUACUAUGUGACAUAGUUGUUAAAGAGAGACGAAACUGACUUCUGUUUUUUUUUUUUGAGAAGUUCAGUUAUCUCUUACACUUGAGUCUGCAGACAAGUCUUUAAAUGUAUCAUUUAUAUCAACAUCUUGCUGAUCAAUAUUGUAUGUGCACUUAUCUUCAUGGAUUUUCUUAGAAAGCCAGUCUAGUGGUGAAGGUCAAUCUGCUUCUUCUGUGCCUCCUGUUCCUCAAAGAAAUGACCUGGUACCUGUUAAGGUACGAGCCGGACUUGCUGCCGAGCUGCUAGAAUUGCUGAGAAUCAAGUGAGUAUGUAAUAGAAGUCGUUAGUCCUAUGACAAUAUUACUUUAAACAUAGGUGAAAUACUUCUUUAAAAACUGCAUUUUUCUCCAACAGUCUUCAAUCAGUGUGACCUUCAAUAAGAAAUUACAUUGAACUUAAGUUUACAAUGAAUUAGCAGUUUUUUCCCUCUUUUUGUAUUCUUAGACAGAAACUUAGUGCUGGCCCUAGUGAUUUCCAAGAGAGCUGACUGACAACAUUGCAAUGAAUUUAUGUCUUAGGAAUGUUUUAUGGUUAUUGCAUGUAAAUGAAGUUGUAACAUCUAAAUUUUCUUAUAAGGGUAGUCUUUACAAUAGGCCAUUAAGUAAGACUUAAGAGCUGGUAAGUUUUACUUAACCAAAGAUGUGUGUGUGAAGGCCCAAGUAAAAUCUCAAGUUAUUUUACAUUGCAUCUCAUUAACGUCAGAAAGUAAACGAUUCAAGAAAAGUUUCAAGUGACCUCAAACCACCCUCAAAACUGACUUUGUGGACUUGUGGUUUCUUGAGCUUUGAGAAAGACGAAACAUGUCAAUCAAUCUUUUAUUAUAUUGCGUGGGAAAAUAGCCUUAAGUUAACCGAAAGUAAAAAAGAAUCUCUUGUGUGUGACCAUGCAGCUUUAUUUUACUUGAAGUAUUUAAAAUUUACUUGUCUUGAAAUUAAUAUUUCUUAGCUUAUUUAGGCUCUAUUGUAAAGACUUCCAAUAAGAAGUGACUAAAGUAACAAGGAGUUCUUUAAAUUAAUACAGUACAGGUUUGAGUUAUGACAAGUCUCAUGUUGCUGUAGAAACAGUUGUAACACAUCUUCAAAUUUCCAUACCAUCAAUAUCAGAUGCUAUGACACAGAUUUUACAAGAUCUUGCGCAGCAGAAGGUCAGUGGAGCUUACAGUUACAUAAUUAGGAUGCUUAAGCAAUGGUGAUGGUGAUGUCAAUGUGAAGGGCUAAAAAGCAAUUGGUUUAGAUUGGCAAAACAACAACUUUGCAGGUGCAUUAGCAACUCAUUGGAAUUCUUGAUGAGUUAACUGAACACAAGGAAGAUUCACAGCAAAGAACUUGGGCUGUUCAUGAAGACGAGGGAAUUCUUCACAAGCUGCUUAAGAAUUUGUUAAGCAUACUGGUCAGUAUUUUAACAGAGUAAAAAAAGAACUCAAGGCCCUGCAGGAGGCUACAUUGCAUAAUAAAUAUUUUUGUAAAAAUAUUAAAAUUCUGCUUUUUCUUGCCCAACAUUAAAAUGGCAUUACCCCACAGGUUCAAAUCUGUGCCUUACUUUAUAACAUGUUUUACUUGACCAUGGUUUGUUUUUGUAUUUGAACUUGGCUUUUGCUCUAUUCGAACUUAAUGAUUAUUAACACUGGCAAAUUACUGAAUAAUAUUUGAAAAGUUUUAUCUAUGAAGACAUUGUGUGUGAGAGAAUGUGACUCAUGGAAUAACGAUUCAGCAUUUGCUCAGAUAUUUUCAGUGACUCUAUUAAGAGGUGUAUUUAAAAUAAAAUUCCAUUUUUUUUUCAAUAAAUUAUCGAAGCUAAGGGGAAAGGUUCCAAUUUUAUGGGAGGUACUAAUUCAAUGAUUUAAAUGAUAUUCACAACUAAUGUAUUUCGCUAAUUUUGUGAAUGCCAUUUAAAUCUUUGAAUUAGUUUUCCCCCCUUUAAUUGAAACCUUUCCCCUUAGCUGCAAUAAUUUAUUGAAAAAAUGUAAUAAAUUAUCCCUUUCAAGAAAGGGCCAUGUCAGAAACAGUUUUGCACAACACAAGCAGGAUUCUUGGGGUUCUAGAUAAUGAGUGAUUGACCAUGUCUAUUUCUUUUGUUGUUCUAGCUGGAUGCCGACCCCACUGUCUGUCGAGCAGUACUAAGACAAGAUGACUAUGAAUACAUCAACAUGCUUGUUGUCUAUUUUCAAAUGGUUAGUUCUUUUAGUUAGGCACCUUCUUUCGUAAAUUGAAAAGUAAAACAAAAAUUAUAUAACUUGACUUGUUCAGAUAAAUAAUGUAAAAUUUUUGGUGGGGAUGCCCUAUAGUAUUGGUAGUGAUAAUAAUAGUGAUAAAGAUAAUGAUUUUUAUGAUGAUUUUGCUGUUAAUGAACCCUGCUAGUUUGUCUGAAUGGUCUAAAUGACUGAAAGUAUAGAUUUAUUUUGGUUAAAAAACAUGGGUUCCAUCAACUCCAUCAGGAGUGUAUGUUUUUUUAUUCUGCAGGCACGCUCAUAGCCUGAUUCUCAGAUGCCCACGGUCGUUCACGGCCCCUUUGCUUCCCUUGACUUUAGCCAGUAGUGUUUAGAGGAAUUUAUUGAUCCUAGUGAAUGACUUACGAUGUGAAAAGAGCUGUGCUUUUUGGCUUGGCUUAAUCUAUAUAUUACAUGUUUUCUUAAAAAUUUUUUACCGGAGGUACUUUUUACAGGUCUCCUUUGGUUUAAAUACAGGUCAUUAUGUUACAGAUAAGUAGACAGGACUGAAGUGUAUCCUAACCCUAAACAGUAUAAUCCAAAAUGUUAUGGUAGAUUGAGGGGAAACAGUUUGGCUUUGUUAGUUACUUAUUGAUAAACAGGGGCCUGUAAAUUAUUGUGGCUGGUAGAAUGUGACUUGUUUAAGACUGAAACUUCCUUUCACUUUUAUGCCUAGCUUUAUCUUUUGAAGUAGAAUUCUGACUAUUUAUCUAGGUAUUGCUUUAUAUUUAUGUUUCCAGGAACAAAGGCAGUCACUGCGUGAACAGUUGAUUGAAAUAUUUGGCUGCAUGUGUGGUUUGGAGAAAGAAAUGUUAUCACAACUGUUGUGUUCUGUCUUACCUGCAGAGCUGGCCAUAGAGGCUAUGAACAAAAAGGAGGGUAAGUAAACAAUGAUUGUAGCCUGGAAAAUGUUCCAGCGACAAGUAGUGACAAGAGAUGGCUGUAUUUGAAGCUAAGGAUCAUAACCAAACUUUUAACAGCACGAGGCAAAAUGUGUCAGCCCCAAAAGCUAGAAUCUUUUAGUAGAUGGGGGGUUGAGCAUUUUACAUUAACCCUUCAAAUCAUUAUUAGUGAGCUUAUGCGACAGGAUGGCAGAAAGUAGAUGAUAGCAAAAUAUUUGCGUGUGACAAAUGUGACAAGGCUAUUACUUGUGUAAUUGUUAUGAUUUUUUUUAACAUUACAACUUGUUUUGGUGUCAAGUUCAGUUUAAAAUGGCAAAGAUUGGCAGAAUAUUUUUUCAAGCAAGCAUUGCUGUCUUCUCUCCUCUGCCAUCCUGUUGCAUACAUUCAUUAUGGCCUGACUUAAGUUAUAUACAAAUAAAGUGCAAACUACUAAAAUAAAUUGGGUAUUUCACAUGUGAGGUUUUUUGUCUUUUAAGAUGCUGUGAUGCAGUGUCGCUGUGCUCUGCUGUUGACUAUGAUCUUUUCCACUGGAGAAUCAGUUCCAUUUACACUUUAUGGUAAGUCAAAAUUCUGGAAUGUUUGGAAAUAAGGGUUUCUCCAAAAGAAAUUUGAGAAAGAAGGUAAACGUUGUUGACAAAGAGUGCUGCUACAAAGCCUUAUAGUGUCAUACAUUAAAUAAAUUAUUAUCAUGGACANUCACUGCGUGAACAGUUGAUUGAAAUAUUUGGCUGCAUGUGUGGUUUGGAGAAAGAAAUGUUAUCACAACUGUUGUGUUCUGUCUUACCUGCAGAGCUGGCCAUAGAGGCUAUGAACAAAAAGGAGGGUAAGUAAACAAUGAUUGUAGCCUGGAAAAUGUUCCAGCGACAAGUAGUGACAAGAGAUGGCUGUAUUUGAAGCUAAGGAUCAUAACCAAACUUUUAACAGCACGAGGCAAAAUGUGUCAGCCCCAAAAGCUAGAAUCUUUUAGUAGAUGGGGGGUUGAGCAUUUUACAUUAACCCUUCAAAUCAUUAUUAGUGAGCUUAUGCGACAGGAUGGCAGAAAGUAGAUGAUAGCAAAAUAUUUGCGUGUGACAAAUGUGACAAGGCUAUUACUUGUGUAAUUGUUAUGAUUUUUUUUAACAUUACAACUUGUUUUGGUGUCAAGUUCAGUUUAAAAUGGCAAAGAUUGGCAGAAUAUUUUUUCAAGCAAGCAUUGCUGUCUUCUCUCCUCUGCCAUCCUGUUGCAUACAUUCAUUAUGGCCUGACUUAAGUUAUAUACAAAUAAAGUGCAAACUACUAAAAUAAAUUGGGUAUUUCACAUGUGAGGUUUUUUGUCUUUUAAGAUGCUGUGAUGCAGUGUCGCUGUGCUCUGCUGUUGACUAUGAUCUUUUCCACUGGAGAAUCAGUUCCAUUUACACUUUAUGGUAAGUCAAAAUUCUGGAAUGUUUGGAAAUAAGGGUUUCUCCAAAAGAAAUUUGAGAAAGAAGGUAAACGUUGUUGACAAAGAGUGCUGCUACAAAGCCUUAUAGUGUCAUACAUUAAAUAAAUUAUUAUCAUGGACAAGGAAAGUAGUUAUUUCAUGGCAGCCACUGGCCAUCAGUUUUAUGUAUCGAACCUAUGCACUUGUACAUUAAUGCUACACUGACUUGGAGGUAUAAACACAGAAAACGAUUUUAUGUAAUUGUGCACUUUUUUUAGUUCUUGUGUGAAGAUGUAUUUAAAAGAAACCUGCCUCUGUCAAGAAUUCCUCGAAGACAAUAGAAAGCCACCACAGUGAAUUUGCUUUUUUUGCUAGUAAACUGAAAAUUAAGUUUGAGAUUUGGAUUCAUACUUGUGUUUCUAUUAGCAGUCGCUAACUGAGGAGUCAGUCCCUCAGUCCUUAGUCCCUUGAGGAGGGAAUAUUAGUGCAGUUGUUAGUGGGCCGCCUUCUGUGUGGGAGGUCCUGAGUUCGAUUCUCAGGUUCAACCUCAAAUCCGUCUUUUGACUUCCUUCAUUUUUGUGCAGCUUUAAGUAGAUUUAAAUACCCAUAAAACAGAAACUGAAAUCCUUGUUCACACUUUAGAACAGUCAACUGGUUGCCUCCUGCCAGUUGGGGCUUUUUAAACCUGUUCCUUUCUAUUUUGGUUAUAUAAUAAUUAUAAAAUUUCAAAUUAUUCGAUUGGAGAGCCUGUAAACUAGCUGGAUAUUUUAAGCUUAGUGCACUUUGCACUAUAAACUGAACAAAGCUUUAACCUCUUUUAAAGCUUUUUAAACUUUUUUUAAAAUCUGUUCGCAGACCAGAUAGAUGAUUCAUUUGUCAAUUUCCUUAUCGAUGCCGUUGAAAAUGCAGCAGAUGAUGAAGAAGGCGAACAGUUAGUAGACACCUUUGUUCCUCUUAUCCUGGCUUUUAACCAACACUUUGUAGGUAUGAACAAUGUGAAAUUUAUCAUCAUUUUGACAAUGUUCCAUGUGGUUAUAAAAUGAAAUAAUAUUUUAGCUUGACCAUUAAAGUCUGUAAUAUUUUGUGACUUUGGGAAGCUAGCAUUUACUCUCUAAAAAUACUAACUUACUAAAAGCACUGUUUCCAGCGAUGUCGCUUGUUUUUCGGUAAUUGGUCCAUGUCAAAAUUUAAAAACAUGAAACGGUCACUGCUAUUGUUAGUUGACUACUAGUAAUCUCUCAUAUUUUCUUCAGGGAUAACAAAUUUCAUCGCAUUUGACCCCAUACUGACCAAGCUAAGGGGUUUGAAUAUUUAAAAAAAAUUCCAGUCUCUGAUAAAAUUUUUAUUCAUUUGAUAGUUAACGGUUGAUUAGCUAAUUAUCCUGAAAACUAACAAGAUCAGUCUUCUUAAGGUUAUUGUCUUUAAUAAAUAAUUUAUUUCGUUGUUAUUUUUUGACAGAUGUCAGUAGCAAUAUUGUGAUAAGGGUGUUAGCCUCCCGCAAAACGGCCAAAACUUUGAGUGAAAAAAUUAUGUUGCUGAUUAAUAGAGAAGGUUGGUACAUGGUAAAAAAAGUACAUUUUUUUUUUAAUAUCCUCUCAAAACCAUGAAUAAUUCCAACAGUCACAGACAAAAAAUAUUUAUAUGCAAAUUCAUGUGAGUUGUAUGGCAGUGUGGCCAAGCAGUUAAAGCACUGGAAUAAAUAUAUAGUAAUCUGGAGGCCCUGAGUUCAAACGUCGCCCUCACCACUACCUUGAUUUGUUCUCAGUAGUCCAAAGUUCAACCCCAAUCCUCGGUCGCGCUUGUCAGGGGCGUAGCUACCUGUACACAUGGUUUGCACUUUUGUACCUCAAAGAGUUGAGAAGAAAAAAUCAAAUGAUAUAGUAAAAAAGUGAGUAACUAAANUUAAAAAAAAUUCCAGUCUCUGAUAAAAUUUUUAUUCAUUUGAUAGUUAACGGUUGAUUAGCUAAUUAUCCUGAAAACUAACAAGAUCAGUCUUCUUAAGGUUAUUGUCUUUAAUAAAUAAUUUAUUUCGUUGUUAUUUUUUGACAGAUGUCAGUAGCAAUAUUGUGAUAAGGGUGUUAGCCUCCCGCAAAACGGCCAAAACUUUGAGUGAAAAAAUUAUGUUGCUGAUUAAUAGAGAAGGUUGGUACAUGGUAAAAAAAGUACAUUUUUUUUUUAAUAUCCUCUCAAAACCAUGAAUAAUUCCAACAGUCACAGACAAAAAAUAUUUAUAUGCAAAUUCAUGUGAGUUGUAUGGCAGUGUGGCCAAGCAGUUAAAGCACUGGAAUAAAUAUAUAGUAAUCUGGAGGCCCUGAGUUCAAACGUCGCCCUCACCACUACCUUGAUUUGUUCUCAGUAGUCCAAAGUUCAACCCCAAUCCUCGGUCGCGCUUGUCAGGGGCGUAGCUACCUGUACACAUGGUUUGCACUUUUGUACCUCAAAGAGUUGAGAAGAAAAAAUCAAAUGAUAUAGUAAAAAAGUGAGUAACUAAAUGAAAUUCAUAAAGGAUAAUGAUUUUAAAAAAAAACAGUUUGCCCCAAUUUAUUUAAGUCUGCUUGUACUUCGCUAAGUUAAGGAUACUUUUUCUAGAACAACAGAAUGCUUUUGCCACACUCAAAUGUCGGUUUCCAGAGAGGUGACGAGAUUCAUUGGUGGAAUAAUCUUAAAUUAAUGAUAUGUAUAAUACCUUGAAACGUUUUGGGGUUUUGAGGUGGGCAGGGGAGGAUGGGGAAAAUUGUGUGUACCUUUGGGAAAAUCCUGGCUAUAGGAUGUAAAUAUAGCCAUUCAAAUGGUUUGCCUCUGGCCAGUUGGGAUUCUUAACCUUGAGGGCCAAAAUACCUUGUGGGCCAAAAUGUAAAAAAAUACUGGCUUACCAGUGAUUUUUUUACCAUAUUAACCCAUUCACCCCUGAACCAUGCUGUGCAGAUCCAUGUCCCUUGUACUGCUUGUGACGUCAUCAGUUUAAAAUUCAUGGACAACUUUAUUAUCACUGUUGGUGGUCAACUGCUUGCCCUCCAUUGUGUCAGUUCUGUUCAGUUUAAGUCAUCACUUUCGUCACAUUCAUACCGGUAGUUUUUAUUUUGCUAAAAACUCAUUGUUGUUUUUACAGAGGACCCCACAGCCCUGUUUUCAUAUCCCAGAGCAUGCCCUGACUCUGUGCUGAAGUUUCUAACUGAUAUCUUUUCUUCACGGGACACUGCUGAUUUUUUCUACACCUCUGAUAUGAUGAUUCUCCUAGAGAUUGUCUUGAGACAACUAACCGAUCUUUCUCCAGGGGCAGGGGUGAGUAAAACAAUAACUACAUUGACAUACUGUAAUUUGAAGCAUUUGCAGAUUGUCAUGAGAUUCUAGGAAACUUCCAACCUACCCCUACCAUAACCAAAUGCACCAACUUCUCACUUAGGGUAAAAUGUUGCAUUAGGGGAGAGGUAGGUGGCAGAUUCCCAGAAUCAUACUUAUCCAGCUUUGCAAACAAUCAUGCCAGGCUGUGAGUAAGUUCUCUGUUUAAUGUCUUGGAGUUCUUAGACACAAGAGACAAAAGGACUGAUACCCCUUAAAAUACUAUUUAGACUGCUUAAUACCUUCACUUUGAAGCAUUUACACCUGUCCAACUAUAAAUUAAAAGAAUUUUUUAUAAGAAAACUGAAUUUGUCAGUGACAUCACAUUUUUAUUUCAAAAUAGAGUGAUGGUUCUGCUAAAAAUUAUGCUAAUUUAAGACAAACCUCUAUUGAGGGGCCAGCCCUUAUCAAGCAGCCACUUGCCAAUCCCUAGUGUGGCUGCUAAAUAGAAAUUCAGCUGGUUUUUGUUUGUUUUUGCCUGAAUGAGCUUCUGUUUGAGGGCAGAAAUACUUUUUCAGAUCAUCAUUAUCCCUGUCAUCUCCAUCGCAUCAUCAUCAGCUUCAGAAUCAACAUGUUAUCCUUUUCUUCAUAACCAACCACUUAGCCUGAAUUUCAUCCGAUUACUGUGAGUCGUUAUUACUCCGUCAGUAACUGAGGGAGUAAUAACGACUCGAAGUAUUCAGAUGAGAUUCAGGCAACCAACCACUGUCAUUGUUUUCAUCAUUAUCAGCUAAAAUCUGAAAUAAUUUUAUUUAGAUGUCUCAUGAAUUAAAGUGAUUUUAUGGUCAUAAUGUAUGCAUUUUCUCUCUCUCUCUGUAGAUGAGAACUGAAUAUAUUUCAUUGCUCCACCAAAUCCUGCUUAAUUCUAAUUACAGUGAACACAAACAUCAAGCAAAGGAAUUGAUGAUUUGUCUCACAAGAAUUAGUGAAGAAGAAGAUAAGGAAAGUGAACAGGACAAACUCAUCGUACAAGAAAUACUAAAAAAUUCCUCAAAAUAUUUUUAACUUACUGUUUCCUUAUGACAGGUCUUGUUUGGUGAUUUUCUCAAUAAUUUUAUUGAAUCCUUUAAGUGCGAGAGCUUAAGCAAAG